AGGAGUGAAACACAUGACAUGACAUAUGUAACUGCAUAACAUGAUGACAGUGAGAUGGGUAGAGUAUAAAAAGCCAUGCAAGGGUAUGAAAAGACACAGUUCUCCACAACAUGAUGCUGGAUCUACAUGUUUGAAGUGGACUUGGUUAAGGUAUUUUUAUUUCAAGCACUGAAGUGUUUGUCUUUUUUAGAUGUUCAGCUGAUCCUUGCACUCGAAGAUGUACAAGUAGAAUGAUUGAAUAAGCCUAAUUAACAUUACAGAGCUUUUCAUCAAAUAUUCCCUCAUUAGUUGUACAAAUUGAAAUAGUUAAAGUGCAACAAAGUCACAGGAAACUGUACUGUGCGGUUUAUUCUUGUAUAUAUAGACUUCAGGAUAAUGUAUUAUUUGCUGCAUUAGCUUCAGGUACAGUAUCAGUAUCCUCAUUUAUAAUAGAGGAAUUCACUUCCAUAAUUAAAAUGGAAUUUGUCCGAAAAGAUGCGGCUGAAAAUGAGUCAAUGAGCACCCCACCACAACACAAGUACUGUACAUAGUCAUGAAAAUGUGGGAGGAUUUAUAGCAUGCUGUCACUCAAACAAUGACUGGGUUUCGCACAGAUUGAGACUGGAAGAGUUUGCGACACUGGAUAAAGGUUGAAGGUUGACGAAGGUUGACAUAUUAAUGUUUUUAUGCGUGGUGGAAGAGACACACGAAAGUUGUCAGAAAACUGAAGAGUUAUUUCUGAACUGAAAGGCCGGACGGAUCGAAACACACCAAAGUAGUUUUAUUCUGCAGCUAAACAGCUGAGGUGAAAUGAACUCUUCAGUUUCAUUAAUCCAACUCUACAGCAUGACGGGGAGUCUCACGGAUGGUGGCGUGGCGAGGGUGAGGAUGGUAAAUAUGACGUUUUGUGUGCGACAGAGCAGAUUGUUACUGCAACAGCUGUGUGUUCAGGACCGACUGCAGGUGGGGGGGUUGGGGGAGGAGGGCAGAGCUGGUUCACAAAGGUGUCCGGUUCACAGACCCGCUGAACAGGAUGGUCGUCGGUGCUGUGACUGAGUGGGGUGUCUCCAAAUCUAAUGUCUCAAGGGGUUUGGUUGAAUUAGUAAUACAUUUUAUUAGAUGUGUGUGUGGGUGUGUGUGUGUGUGGCCUCCUUUCACUUUUCAAUAAGUGCUCAUCUUCCUUUAAAUAUUGCCAGUAAAAGAAAGAAAGAGGGAAACGAGAAAAGAAUGAAAGAAUGCUAAAGUGUGUGAACAUAAUUUCCCUUUUCAUCCACUUCUCUUUACAUUUGUAUUUCCUAAAUUUGCUUCCCAAAGAAAAACAUGACACGUUGACAAAUGAUUUCCUCUUGCCAUUCAAAACCAUGAUUUGCACACACCUGCUCUGUGCUAUUGUUUGCUGCCAAGUCAUGCAAUAUUUAGGUUUUGCCUGAAGCAAAUUCAAAAUGUGUUUUUUGAGUGCUGUGAAAGGUGCAGUGUGAUUUAAAUGUGGGUUUCCAAAACUUUUACAACACUGGGACUAUCAAAACUCCUCUUUACUUGCUGAAACAAAACCAUUGGCUAAGGCUUUCACCUCAAAAACAAUUGAUUAAUCAGCUAAUCACUGCAGCUUGGCUCACAAGCUGAAAAUGUUCAUUAAACUACUGUAGCAGUGAUCAGCUGUUGUUUUCAUUUCACCCCUGCAGACAGAAUGGUUCAGUGGAGGAGAAGGUCCACCUUAUGCAAAUACCCUCAUCCUGCAGCAUGUACUUAAAAAAAAAAAAUCCAUUUGCAUCCUCAGUUUCCUGCAGGACUCACAAGACAGUGAUGGAUCAGAGCUUCGCCUGCGUCUUGCUCCUGCUGAGCUUAGCCUUUGGCAAGUACGUCUACAUCGAGCAAAAAAAGACCUGGCAUGAAGCUCAGAAGUACUGUCAGAUGUUCUAUACAGACCUGGCUCCUGUCAGCAAUAAACACGACAUCUACCAACUUGAGAGGCUUGUCGGUGAGAGCGAGGACUACUUCUGGAUCGGAAUGGAAAGAGAUUCCACAGACACUUUGAAAUGGAUGUGGUCAGGCGGCGGCGAGGUGUCCACAUUUUUCUGGGCACUGGGUGAGCCCGACAACCGACAGCAUGAAGACUACGUUAUGAUUCAUUACAACAGGAUGUACGAUGCAGAAGCAGACUUUGAAGACCACUUCUUCUGCUACAGGGUGGUUGUGGUGAGGGAGAGGAAGAUGUGGAAGGAAGCUUUGGAUUACUGCAAGAAGUAUCACCGCGACCUGGCCAGCGUGGGGUCAGAGACAGAGAUGCUGCUGAUCCAGAAAGAGUUAGGAAAAAAUGUCACCACGGAACGCGUCUGGAUCGGUCUGCAUUUGUUCUCUGGACACUGGCUGUGGGUGGACAGACGGCCGCUGGAUUACGAGGCCUGGGGUCAGGGGAACAAGUCUGCAUGUCCGAAAGCCAACCUGCGGUGUGCUGCCUUACACGUGAUGGGAGGGAAACAGAGUAACAGUGCGGACUCUCCUCUGGUCACUAAUGCCACAGAGGGAACAGGAGCGGUUCACACUCAUCACACAGGGUCUGUCAUGAAUACUACAGCAAAUACUGAGCUGAAUAUUCCUGGAGUCAGUCAAGCAGCUACAGGUGUGAAACAAAGUGUAUGGGAGGCUCAUGACUGCGAGGAGAGACUCCAUUUUAUUUGCUACUGAGUUUACGUUUUGAAAUGGUCGGUUUAUAGGUUGAUUUGUUAUAGUUAAACUUUGGACAGGUUUUGUGAAGUAGUUUGCUGCUACAGGGACGGGUUUUGCUUAAUCUUUAGCACUUUGAUCCUUUUAUUUUUUGGUGUGAAUCCAUGUAUUUGUAUAAUACACCCCUUUUAUUUAUUUAUUUGCUGUAUUUUAUCCUCUUUUUCUUUUCUUUUGUGUUUUGUUUUGUAGAACUAAACUGGUGAAUAUAUAUAGAAUAAAGAUAAAUAAAAAAUUUGAAUAAAAUAAAUAAACAUUUGUUUUCUUGAUGUCAUUAUGUAAUUCUUUCCUGGCUUUUCUCAUCUGUCUUUUCACUCAUUAAGUCAUUUUUUUUAACAAUUACAGACAGACAACAGAGAGGUAAGAGUCAGUGCUCAGAGGAUUUAGACAGCGCCCCCUGUCUGCAGGCAGAGUGG